AGGGGGGUAAUGUGAUGGUGUUUUCCUCCUGCGUGCAUCGGUGAGGGAGAGGGGAGUGUGUGAUGGUGGUGUUUUCCUCCUGCAUGCAUCAGUAAGAUGUGAAGAUGGCGGAGCUGCAGAUGCUGCUGGAAGAGGAGAUUCCUGCUGGUCGAGGAGCUCUGCUGGACAGCUACGCCAACCUAGAGAGAGUCGCCGAGUACUGCGAGAGCAACUACAUACAGUCUCCAGAUAAGCACAGAGCUCUAGAAGAAACCAAAAGCUACACCACUCAGUCUUUGGCCAGCGUAGCGUAUCUGAUCAACACUCUCGCCAACAAUGUGCUCCAGAUGCUGGAUAUACAGGCGUCUCAGCUGCGCCGCAUGGAGUCAUCCAUCAAUCACAUCUCACAGACGGUGGACAUCCAUAAAGAGAAGGUGGCCAGGCGAGAAAUUGGCAUCCUCACCACCAAUAAGAACACUUCCCGCACACACAAAAUCAUUGCACCAGCCAAUCCCGAGAGGCCUGUACGCUACAUCCGCAAGCCCAUUGACUACAGUCUGCUGGAUGACGUAGGCCAUGGCGUAAAGUGGUUACUAAGGUUUAAGGUCAACGCCCAGAAUAUGAAAGCGGGUACGACUCCACGCACAGCCGCCCCGACCCAGAAACCCCCCAGCCCUCCCGGCCCAGGCAAAGGAACCCUGGGGCGGCACUCCCCUUACCGGACGCUCGAGCCUGUGCGUCCACCCGUCGUCCCUAACGACUAUGUGCCGAGUCCAACACGAAACACCGCACCACCCCUGCAGAGCCCGGCUAGAACUGCAUCUGUUAAUCAGAGGACCCGCACGUACAGCAGUGGCAGCAGCGGCGGCAGUCAUCCUAGCAGUCGCAGUAGCAGCAGAGAGAAUAGUGGGAGUGGAAGCGUUGGCGUGCCCAUCGCCGUGCCAACCCCUGCCCCGCCCACUGCCUUUCCUGGUACAGCACCUGCCCCUCCCAACCCUCCCAAACCCCCUCCGAGCGUUACUAUCCCUGCCCCUCCCGUACCUCCGCCACCUCCCACCCCAGAGCCAGUACCCCCGCCCCGCCCCGACCCUGCUCUGCCAGCAGAGGGCCCUCCCGAAAUACCACCCCCACAGCUGCCCCCCAACCUCCCCGUUAGCACCAACACCAACCCCGCUGCUGCAACCAGCACCCCCGCUCAAGGCAAUGGUCCUCACUUUUACAGUAUGAACCGACCAAUGACACGGCACACCACGCCGUCAGUGGGCGGCUCCCUGCCCUAUCGCCGGCCGUCAUCAGUUACCGGACAGCCCAACAACAUGCCUCAGAACACAAAUCCAAACAUGAUCCAAAACCAGCUCAAUGGAGGGCCACACUACAACCAAAACCAAGCCCCUAUGGCCCCUCCACCCCCUUCUAUUCUCCAGAUCACCCCCCAGCUACCGCUCAUGGGCUUUGUGGCUCGGGUUCAGGAGACCAUCUCGGACGCUCCUCCACCACCGCCUCCUGCAGAAGAGGUGGAGUUUGAGGAAGCAACCCCGGCCCCGCCUCCUCCAGAGGACUACGAGGAUGAGGAGGGCGACGAUGAGGAAGAGUCAGCGGUGGUGGAGUACAGUGACCCCUACGCUGAAGAAGACCCGCCAUGGGCCCCUCGCAGUUACCUGGAGAAAGUCGUGGCGAUUUACGACUACACGCGCGACAAAGAAGACGAGCUGUCCUUCCAGGAGGGGGCGAUCAUUUACGUCAUCAAGAAGAACGACGACGGCUGGUUCGAGGGAGUGAUGAGCGGCACCACGGGCCUCUUCCCUGGAAACUACGUGGAGUCCAUCAUGCAUUACGCUGACUGAGCCAGCGGGUGGCGCCACUGCUCCUCUGUCCAUCAUCUUCCUCAUUCUCACACACACACACACACACACACGCAGAUGAAUUCAGCUACACUACGUCAUGCACAAGCUGGUUGCAGACAAACAGACUGAGAACUUGCAGUGGCGACGAUUUUAACGGGAAAAAGAACUGUUCAAAUGUGUAAGAUAAAUACAUUAGGAACAUUUAUUCAUCUCUUAAUUUCCGUCUCUUAGAAACAUGUAUCAGAAAAGUGUUGGUUUGCUUGACUUGUGUUGAUAGUGAUCGCUUUGCUUUCGCUCCUAUCCGUCUACUCUGGAGGAACGGGAAGGACAGUUGUACUUUCUCGUGGAAGACGGCCAUCUUGAAUGUGCAUGUUCCUUUUACGUCACCUCUUAACCGCGCGCUGUCCACUGACCAGCAACCGACAGAAAAAGCUUUUGCCAAGAAUGACAGAACAGGGAUUUUAUGCAUAUUGUGGUGCCAGGUAAUAGAGAGAGAGACGCGUAGAUUCAGGUGGGCUUCUUUUCCUAAGUUUUUCAUUGCGUUGGGAGUUGAGUUUCUUUUUGAGUGCAGUUCAGUUCGCUAUGUUUAGCAGGAGGAUAUACCAAAGGAUUUCAGUGGCGUUUGGGAUCACGAACAGGACCGACUACAACCUUAAAAUACUUUUUUCAUCAUUCCUUUACAUUCGUUUCUUUCCAACAAGAUUUUAUUGCUCGAAAUAUUUGCAAGUAUGUGUAUUCUUUGUAUGUAUGAUAAAAAGCUAAAAAAAAAAAAAAAAAAAAAAACACUAUUAAAUUGUUCAGGAAGUUUGUGCCAUAAAGAUAUGUUCGUAGAUGGUCAUAUUUUUGGACGCGAGAGGUGGUUUCUUGAAACUCAGCACCGGAUGUGGUGUCCUUCAGGAAGAACAUGUGUAUUGUGAUCUUUAACCUCUGAUUCAUCCCUUUUGACCAACUGUGGACUUAAAGAUACGAGACUAUUCUAUAUGUACGUUAUAUAUUGAUUUAUAUAGAAAUACUACUGUGUUGGUGUAUGAGUGGUGUAGAGACAAGAGAACCCCAUUUAUCUGCAAUAACAAAGGCACAGUUAGAAAGUCCUCAGUCGACAAGCUACAGAGAUUUUUAAAGCACAAGAGAUGCACGUGAUCUUAGGGAGACCUUAUACAAUGUGAAGAACUGAUUUUUGGAUGAAGAGAUACUAAAAAAAAAACAGAAACCAGCCCAAGUUUUAAAACAUCCUCGGACCCACAUGCUGAUAAUGUGGAACAAACUGUACUAAUGCACAGAGACUUUUUCUAUCGAGUACUUUGAUGUCUAUAUGUAAGUGUGUGUGAGCGUGUAUGUGAGCGUGCAACCGAUCGAGUUCACCGGUUCUGGAUCGUUGGUGACUGACUUGCUUGUCUGUGUGCAAAUCUUUAUUUUCAAUGAAUGGUCUGUGGCGAGGGUGUGUGAAUCGAGUCUUGCAUGUUGAUCAUUUCUGUGAUUUUCCUGCUGAUGGAGAAUAAACUGGAUAUAUCUGGUCUGUUUGUUCGUGCUUCCUCUACGUUCAGGGGUCGUGUGCUGGAGCGGAUAAGAACAAGAUGCGGCGAGGAACUGAUUUCUGGUUAGACUAGCUCGAGAGAAAGGUAAUGUUUUAGGGUUUUAUAUUAAGGGAAAUAAGAAGUGAUUAUAUAGAAAUGUCUUUAAAAAAAAAAACAAUUACACUUUAAAUUAAAUGAGAAUUUAUUAAUAAUGCACAAUGGCAUUCCAUGGUCUUGCUUUUCUGUUCCUUCUUCACAUUUUCAUAAACCAGAAUAUUAAAUAUAAUUUAGAAAAUUUCAAACUGGAGUGCUAAUGCAUAAAAAAUUGAAUUUUGUGAUGCAAAGCUGUAGCUUUUUUCGCAAUAUAACUUUCAUGAUGCUUAAUUUGAACAUUUAUAAAUAUUAAACUGUCCAUCAUACCAUAAUAGUGAUUUCUGCUAGUCAUCAAAGCAACAUUUCAAUAUAGCGGGAUAAUUUACCUUAUUAUAUUAAAACUGAAAAGGAACUGACUUAUAACUUUAAACUUAAUAUGAAAACAAAAUAUCAAAUAAAAAUAACAAACUAAUAAAAGCUAGAACAGUGAUGCUGCAAAAAAGUAGAAAUUGAGACAGCAAACUGUGUGGUCAAAUUUUAUUAGUAUUAAUAUGUUUAACAUUAAAACCUUUUUGGGUUAUGUGCAAAGUAUAAAUCAUUCCAACUCAUGUUGAACUGGUAGACAUUUUAGUAAUUUUAAACAAUCUUUACAGAAGUCAUUCAUCAGUCUACUCCCAAUACCUCAACAGCCCCUAAGUGAUAAGUCACACAUUUUAUUAGUCUGUACUCUGACGUUUGAUUUAUGCUUUUGGAUUUUUUUUUUUUUAUAUUUUAUUUUUUUUUUUUUAAGAUUUAAAAAAUGUUUUGCAUCCUAUAGAUUUUACUUCUUCACUACAGGAUGUUUCAGCAGUGUAUUAACUUACAGCAGAGCAAAACCUGUCAUUUAAAAUAAAAAUCUAGACUAAAUUGAAGCUAGUACAAAAAUCGAUUCUAUGUGUACUUCUUACAUGUAAUAAUUGGCCAUAUAUCACAAAUCUCUAGUCAAAUAUAUUUCCAGUAUAUAAUCUGGUAUCUGUGACGCUUCACAGUUUUAAACGAACACUAAACAUUUAGUGCAUCUUUUAUAGAUCUCAUUGUACAUUUAUCCUCUGUAAGUCCUUCUCUCUCCCAUGGUCAACGUGGUACUAGUUUUUUUGUUUUUUUUCCUACGUUACAUCCCACACACCCUUGGAGCUCCCUGCUUAACAGAAACUCAGACACAGAAAAAUGUUUACUAAGAGAGAAACUGGUCCAGAUAUUUGCCUACACAUAAAUGUUUCUACGCAUUAUAUUGCUCUUGGCGUUCAGUCUCAUUCUCUCUCUCUGCAAUAUUGAUUGUUGCUAUACAGAGAAACAAAUCUGAGAGCAGCACACACACACACGCACGCACGCACGCACGCACACACUAACUGGGGAAAUAGGAAGAUAUUUAAUGGAAGGAGAGGAAGGGUCAGUGGAAUUUGUCAAAAGUGGUUUUAACUUGUUACCCGGCUGUCUUUACACCCUACGGCUCACAGAUAAGAGUCUCCACCACAAACUUGUUCUCAAAGUGGAGAAUCUUGUGGCAGUUGAGAGCCUCUCGCUUCUGGAUACC